AUGAAUAAAGCACCAGAAGAGGAACAAGAGCUUUACUCAAGCUGGGCCUUGUUGAUCCAGACAACUUUACUGAUUCUUGCAUUGUUGACGAGUUAUUACUUGCAAGUUAAACAAAUUCGUGCCAUGCACGAAACCGUUGUGUCGAUAUUUGCCGGCUUACGUGGGGCAGUCGCGUUCGCAUUAGCUGCAGGACUCAAAGGGGACAACGCAAAUGCAAUGCGAACAACAAUUCUGGUGGUGGUGGUCCUUAGUGUUAUUGUAUUUGGUGGAACCACUAGCAAAAUGAUAGAAAUUUGCAAGAUCAAAAUGGGUGUGGAAGAGCAAAACAACGAUAGUGAAGACGAGGAUUAUGAUGUUUAUGGUGAAUACCAAAUUAACUCUCAGGGAUCAAUUGAAUCAAAUGAAACUGGUAGUUCCAUGGAGCAGCAUAAUUUCCUGUCGGUAGGCAUACCUCCUGUUAUACCGACCGCAAGCCAAACCCAUUGGUUUAUAUCGUUCGACGAUCGAUUCCUCAAACCGUUGUUCACCAGACAACGCGGUAUUCGACAUCGUAUUGAUGAUCGAUGGCGAAGUGUCAGGAGGGAAUGUGGUGAGGAAGACUUCAUCGGGCUCGCUAAUGAUAGACGUGAUACAUCGGGAACCAACAACAGAGAAAACGACCUCUCUCGUGAUAGUACUAUUGGCUUGGAUAUCUUUAAGUCAAAUGGAAACACUAAUGAUAGCACGGUUGCAAAUGAUUCGGUGUUAUCAACGAAUGUCGGGGUGGAAGAUAAUGGCGAGGGGGGUGGUAAGCAUCCAAGUUUCACGGAUCUCAGUGUUCUUAUAGAAAAUAGAGAAAACAAUGAAGGCAAUAGUGAUAAGCCUUUGGUGAAUUUUAAGGAUGAUUUGAUCUGA